AUGGAGAAUAUUGCAAAGGGAAAUGGGAACCACAGAAAUGCGGCCUAUAAGCAGAAUGACAAUGGACUAGAUAUGAAAACAUUAUUCGUUAGGUCAAUUCCUAUGGAUGUCACAGAUGAAGAAUUAGCUGAUUACUUCUCCAACUUUGCUCCAACAAAGCAUGCGGUUGUCGUGAAAGAUGUCAACAAGAAAUCCAGGGGAUUCGGUUUUGUUAGUUUCGCUGUCGAGGAUGAUACAAAAGAAGCAUUAAAACAAGCAAGAAAGGCAAAGCUAAAGGGCCAUCUAUUGAGAGUUGAUAUUGCCAAGAGGAGAGACCGUUCAAAUAAACCAGGUGAAGGUGAUAAGCCAGAAAAAAAGACCAGGACUGACACUAUUGCUCGUGAUGAGAAUGAAGAAGUGGAUGAAGAAUCUUUACUAAAAGGUAAGCCUAAAUUGAUUAUUAGGAAUAUGCCAUGGAGUUGUCGUGAUCCAAAUCAGUUGAAGAAAAUAUUUAGCAGAUUUGGUACUGUUGUAGAAGCAUCCAUCCCUAAGAAACGUGACGGUAAACUAUGUGGAUUUGCUUUUGUUACUAUGAAAAAAUUAAGUAAUUGUACUAUCGCCUUGGAGAAUACAAAGGAUUUAAAAAUUGACGGAAGAUCUGUUGCUGUUGAUUUUGCUGUUCAAAAGAACAGAUGGGAAGACUACAAAAAAAGUAACAAAGAAGAAACUACAGAAAAUAAUGAAGACGAAGAAGAAGACGAAUCCGAAUCAGAUGAUGAAAGCAGUAGAAGGAGUAAAAAAUCUGAUGUAGAACUAGGUUCCGAUGAAGAAGUUUCAGAAGAUGAAGAUGAAGACGAAGACGAAGACGACGAGGAAGAUCAACAAAGAAAAAGAGAUGAACGUCCAAAGCAAAAUAAAAAAGAAGACUUUUCCAUCUUUGUUCGUAACGUUCCAUACGAUGCGACAGAGGAAUCACUGGCUGCUCAUUUUAGUAAAUUCGGGCAAGUUAAAUAUGCCCUUCCAGUUAUCGACAGAACUACUGGUUUGGCAAAGGGUACUGCAUUUGUGGCAUUCAGAGACCAUAUGACUUACAAGUAUUGUAUUGACAAUGCUCCUGCCGCUGGGUCAACUUCAUUAUUGAUUGGAGAUGACGUUUUACCAGAAUAUGUUUACGAGGGAAGAGUACUUUCAAUUUCCCCAACUUUAGAUAGAGAAAAUGCUAAUAGACAAGCUGAAAAGAAUGCAGAAAAAAGAAAGGAAUUUCUUGGUAAAGCGCCAGGUGAACGUGACAGACGUAAUUUAUAUUUGCUUAACGAAGGUAAAGUUGUGGAAGGUUCAAAAAUGGCUGCUCUUCUGUCAACCAAAGAUAUGGAAAUUAGAGACAAGUCUUAUAAGUUGAGAGUAGAACAACUGAAGAAAAAUCCAUCUUUACAUUUAUCAAUGACUAGAUUGGCUAUCAGAAAUCUUCCAAGAGCAAUGAAUGACAAAGCCUUGAAGGCACUGGGGCGUAAAGCCGUUGUUGAAUUUGCUACUCAAGUAAGUGCAGGUGAAAGACAUCCAUUGAGUAAAGAGGAAAUAGUAAGAUCUACCAAGGAUAAAUAUAGGUUUAUGUCUCCUGAUGAAAUUGAACACCAAAAGAAAAAAGAUAAAAAGAAUGGUCUAGUUAAACAAGCUAAGAUUAUUAUGGAAAUCAAAGGUGCUACAGCAGGUAGAAGUAGAGGUUACGGGUUUAUUGAAUAUAAAGAUCAUAAGAGUGCAUUGAUGGGGCUAAGAUGGAUGAACUGUCAUGCUGUUACGCAAGAUGAAGUUCUUGAGGGUCUUUCAGAAGAGGAAAAGAAAACGAUUGAGGCGGACAGUACAAAGGGUAGACGACUAUGUGUUGAAUUUGCAAUUGAGAAUGCCAAUGUUGUGAAGAGAAGGAGAGAACAUAUUCAACAAGCAAGAGAGAGUUCCAAGAGGAAGCUUGAUGCAGGUACUGAAGAUUCUACUGAGAAAGAACAUUCAGCCAAAAAGGUUAAGAAGGAUGAAGAAGAGAAAGAAAAUUCUGGAGAUAAGAAGGAUAGCGGCAUGAGCGAUGAUGUCAAAAGAUUAAUCGGUAUCAAACGUAGGAGAAGACAUGGUAAGAAAUAA